AUGGAGAAGAGGGAGUAUGCGAUGGAGAUCGGAGGUGCCAUCUACUUCACCAUCUUCAUCACCAUUGGUGCCUUCAUUGGCAUCAACCUGUUCGUCGUGGUGGUGACCACCAAUCUGGAGCAAAUGAUGAAGGCAGAAGAGCAGGGCCAACAGCAUCAAAUAACCUUCAGUGAGACAGGCGUAGAGGAGAAGGACGAUAGUAACGAGCUGUCACUGGUGCACUGUGCAGUCGUCCGCUUGGAGAAAUCUGGUCACCCCCAGGAACCACUUGUGGGGGGUCCACUGUCGAACCUCUCGGAAAACACGUGCGACAACUUUUGCUUGGUGCUCGAGGCAAUACAGGAGAACUUGAUGCAGUACAAGGAGAUCCGAGAUGAGCUCAACACCAUCGUGGAAGAGGUGCGCUCCAUCCGCUUCAACCAGGAGCAGGAGAAGGAGCUGAUGCAAAAGCGCGUGUCGGUGAGCCUGUCAUUAGAGAACGGGUCCUCCAUGGACAUCCGCGAGAUGACCAACCAGCAAGACUUGCUCACUGCGCUCGUUAACAUGGAAAAGGUUCAUGAUUCUAACACAAAUAUACUCCUUAACAAACACAAGAGCAGCCGCUGA